AGAAAUUGUGCCAACAUGUCGAACCGGUCGGUCGUCGGAAUAACGGGAGUACUGCUUUUCACGCUGCUUAUCAGCACCGCAUCGGUGGCUGUUGCGGAACCCGGCGAAACACUGGUGCUGCUGGACAAUCUGGCCAUCCGGGAAACCCAUUCCAUCUUCUUCAAAUCGCUCCAGGAACGUGGCUACAAGCUUACCUUCAAGCUAGCGGAUGACGCCGGGCUUGUGCUGUCAAAGUAUGGUGAAUUUUUGUACCAGCAUCUCAUCCUGUUCGCUCCAUCGGUGGAAGAGUUUGGUGGAUCGUUGAGCGUGGAAGCAAUCACGGAGUUCGUGGACAAUGGAGGAAACGUGCUGGUGGCCGGUAGCACCACGUCGGGUGACCCGCUGCGCGAGCUUGCCUCCGAGUGUGGGUUUGAGGUGGACGAGGAGAAGGCGGCUGUUAUCGAUCAUCUGAACUAUGACGUGUCCGAUGCCGGCGACCACACGACGAUCGUAGCUUCGCCGGAUAAUCUUAUCGAUUCGAGCAUUAUUGUUGGUAGUCGUGCAUCGGUGGCACCCUUGCUGUACCGUGGAACCGGACUAUUGGCUGAUCGUGAAAACCCGCUCGUGCUGCAACUGCUGACGGCGGACAGUUCCGCCUACAGUUACGUGCCGGAUGCACCCAUCAAAGAGUACCCGCAUGCUGUUGGCAAGGGAACACUUCUAAUUGCGGCUCUGCAGGCACGCAACAAUGCGCGUGUUGUGUUUUCCGGCUCGCUGUUCUUCUUCUCCGACGAAGCGUUCCUGUCGCCGGUACAGCGUGCUCAGUCCGGUAGCAAGCAUUUCGCCCGUUCCGGCAAUCAGGAAGUCGCGAUGGCCAUCAGCAAGUGGGUGUUUGGCGAGAACGGUGUGAUCCGGGCCCGGUCGGUCAGUCAUCACAAAGAAGGUGAAUCGCAACCACCGUCCGCGUACACCGUGACCGAUCCGGUGGUUUACACCAUCGAGAUCGAAACGCGUGCCAGCGAUGGUAAAUGGAAGGCGUUCGAAGCAUCCGACGUGCAGCUGGAAUUCGUACGGAUUGAUCCGUUCGUGCGCACGACGCUCGUACCGGUGGGUGGUGGUCGUUACGAGGCCCGUUUCCACAUCCCGGACGUGUACGGUGUGUACCAGUUCAAGGUGAACUACGAUCGGAUCGGUUACACGCACCUGUACUCAACGACGCAGGUGUCAGUGCGUCCGCUAACGCACACCCAAUACGAGCGUUUCAUCCCAAGCGCUUAUCCGUACUAUGCGAGCGCUUUCUCAAUGGUGGUCGGUAUGUUCCUGUUCUCGUUCCUGUUCCUUCACUUCAAGGACGAUGGAAGUAAACCAUCGUCCCGUCCAGCUGCUGCAAACGAAAAGAAAGCACAGUAG